UCCCCCCAGCCCGGACCCCCACUCCGUUUCCACCACCCCUCUCUGCCAAUCCCUCCACUGGCCUCCACUCAGUGUCCUCCACCCCCCUCUGCCAAUCCCUCCACUGGCCUCCACUCAGUGCCCUCCACCCCCCUCUGCCAAUCCCUCCACUGGCCUCCACUCAGUGUCCUCCACCCCCCUCUGCCAAUCCCUCCACUGGCCUCCACUCAGUAUCCUCCAUCCCUCUCUGCCAAUCCCUCCACUGGCCUCCACUCAGUGUCCUCCACCCCCCUCUGCCAAUCCCUCCACUCAGUGUCCUCCACCCCCCUCUGCCAAUCCCUCCACUCAGUGUCCUCCACCUCCCUCUGCCAAACCCUCCACUGGCUU